GAAAGAUAAUGGCGGGGGUCAAUAAGAUGGCGGAUAUAAAAGAAUUCUUUCUCUGCGCGAUUACAUACUUUUGAGUUCCGUUACAGAACUUGGCACCCCCACAACCGCAAACAUGAGAGUUAUCUUGGCCUGUCUUGUUGCAUCCCUUUGCGUCAUGGCUGCUUCUGCUGCCUUGACUUGCUUUGGUGACAAGGAAAAGUGCGCUGAAGAUGAAUGCUGCAUUCAGCUCGGAAACACCUUCGCCGGUAUUUGCAAAAAACGCCACGAUGUUGAUGAGCUCUGUGAAAUGAAGCCACUGAAGAACUUGAUCAAGGACCACGUCUAUAAACUCAGGUGCCCAUGUUUGGAAGGACUCAAGUGUGUGUCUUCUAAAGGUGGUCUUGUUGGCAAAUUCGCAGGUAAAUGCCAGAAAGACAGCGGUGAGGAACCUGAAGAAGAAUAAACUGUACACAUAGACUUUCUGUAAUAAAAAAAAAUCUGUAA